CAACCGAGAAAGUUAGUUCAAACCCCCAUUGUUGCUGAUUCAGAUGAACUUUUCUGAUGCAUGCAUAUGCAUGUUGCUGAAAACAAGCUUAUUUCCUUAAAGAUUUUUCAAUAGAAGAAGAAAGAGAUCAGAUAGAAGAGAUAAGUGAUGAUCCAAUAGUGCAAGGUGUGAUUCUGUCUGAGAUUUCAAGUUUGAGCUUCAACUUAAUUAGGACUGCAGAUUUAGUGCAGCAAAUUGAAGUUGAUUUGUUUGUUAAUUAUUGGACUACGACUUAGCUACUCUACUGUAUCCAGAGGCGUUUUCAGGACAAAAACCUCAGCAAAGCCAACCUUGCACACGAAAAAUGUCUUCUUGGAAUUCAGUCCCACUUCAUGUGUCGUACGAAGUUUUGGGUUGGCUCACCUUUUGUUGCUGGUCUAUCAGUUUUUACCCACAAGUUAUCAUGAAUUAUCGCAGGAAAAGUGUUGUUGGAUUGAACUUUGAUUUUGUGCUGUUGAAUCUCACUAAGCACUCAUCCUAUCUGUUCUACAAUGCAUCUCUGUACUUCAGCCCAACUGUUCAGAAGCAAUACAGAAAUAAAUUUGGUCAAAAAGAGAUGAUACCUGUAGCAGCAAAUGAUGUUGCUUUCUCAUCUCAUGCUGUUCUGCUCACUGCAAUUUCCUUGUUCCAGAUUGCUAUCUAUGAUCGUGGAAAUCAAAAAGUGUCAAAAAUAGCUUGGGCAAUUGUGUCUGCUGCUUGGUUAGUUGCUGCAAUAUGCUUCUUCAUAACUCUGUUCACACACCAUUGGCUCUGGCUUCUCUAUGUAUUCAAUAUCAUUCAAGUUUGUAUGACAUGCGUAAAAUAUAUUCCCCAGGCUGUGAUGAACUACAGGAGAAAAAGUACAACAGGCUGGAGCAUUGGUAACAUUCUACUGGAUUUUUCUGGAAGUGUUGGAAACUAUACACAAAUGGUUAUGCAAUCAAUAGAUCAAGGUUCUCUGACAAACUUCUAUGGGAAUAUAGGAAAACUGUUGUUAUCUCUGGUUUCUGUAUUCUUUGACAUUCUGUUCAUAAUCCAGCAUUAUGUGUUAUAUCGGCACAAAAAAGGCCCAAACUCAAAGGCCCCUCUGGAAGCUGAGGUAGCCAAAUCUGCUACUGAUAGACCAGUGGCACAGAAUGUUUAAGAUUUUGUGGUGGUUCAUAAGUUCAGAAUGGUUUGUAUGUUGUAAUAAAUUUGUUUUAAUAAUUAAGGGAUUAUUCCUUUGGAAUA